GCCGGAUAGUGUCUUUCGCAUUUAUCACCUCUCGUGGCCGUCUGCAGCUGGAUUUACUCUCACAGCGACGCUACACCUUCCCCGCUUUGAAGGUCCUCAUGACGAGGUGAUGGAGGGCGACUAUGUUUGUAUUCAUUCCGUCGAAUCUAUCUGCUUAUGGAACUGGAGAGCGCGGACGUGGGCCAUCAUCGAUCCUGAAGAGCAUCAGCAAAGCUUCUGGAUUAGGGUUUGAGCUUUGGCUUCGACCACCGUACAUAUUCACGAUCCCCUCGUCCUGCGACCAAAUCGUUGCACUCGAAUUUCCCAAUCUUCAGCCCACUAAAUCGCCGAUCCAAACAUUGACCGCUCAGAGUCAUACUUUCGAAAUAUCUCUCACUGGAUUAAAUCUAUUAGAACACACACCACAUCCAGAAACAGGGCAUGUCUUCAACUAUUCACCUAUUGACCACUGGAUCUCGUACAACGAUGCGAAACAAUUGUCAUUGCGUCGUCGCGUCCUUGGUCAGUUGGACUUCAUCCCGAGUUUUAACAGUCCUCCAAUAUACGUCGUGAUCGACUCAACAGACGAUGUUCCCCGUGUAAUCUAUCGCUGCAGUGAGAACCGGAUGCGUUCGAAUCGAUCGUUUGUCGUUCCCAUAGACAGGGUCACUGGAAAUGACUCUGGGACUGAUACCUUCAUUUGUGUUGCGGGUGAUUUUGCCACUCCGGCACCGCAGGUUUCGCGCCGGAUCGCGGCGGCAGUUGCAGUGGUGGAUGAUGCUAUGAAUCCACCACAGGGCGCUGUGCAGGUCGCUGUGAACGCUGGGUUAGAUCUGAGGGAGGGUGUAGUUGAGAUGGGCUAUCAACCUCUUUAUGCGUCGCUGUGGACAAAAAAGGAGGAUGAUAGAGUAUUCGGGGAGAAGUCUAGCUUGGAGCAAGAACUAAAAGUGGGGAGGACAUCCCCUGGGCCCUCCAAGAUGUCUACUUCAUCGUUGUUCCCAACACCGUCACAGUUUGCCGUGUCAGAUACCCCGUCUUCGCAAUCCUCAUCAUCGCAUUCAUCUUCCUCUCCAGAUCCCCGGGACCUGGGGUAUAACAUGACUCAGGCCCAAUUCGCCUUUGAUGGAGGGAGUACCAAGCAGGGCAUUGUUCAUGGCGGACCGUGUCCGAUUUCCGGACGUAUGAUCGUCGAGAUCCGUGAGCCAUUUCAGUAUGCACUGCUGGAGUUUGAUUGAUAGAUGCAUUACGGGGUCGUUGCAACGACCGGAUUUGUGAUGCCAACCCAUUCCUUCUCUCCUCUACUUUCUCUUACCGUG